AUGAACGCGAGAGGUAAAGGACGACCCGUGAAGGCGGAUGAGAAGGAUGGUACGCGCAGUCGGCCAAAUAAAGAGGAAAAGCAAAAUCAACCGCUAAACGAGGCAAAAAAAAGGGCUCCCGUAGGCAACAAAGGUGGGGACUCGCGACCAACCGACCCCCCUUCAACCAAAGGCCCUUUGGUGCAACAAAAGGUUCGUGUGCCUCCUUCUAAUGCAUGGGCGAGGGGUGGUAGUUCACCUUCGUUUUUAGAGAUCGCCCGCGGUAAGAACGAAGUUGUGGUUGCUCUACCGGCCCCGGAGCCGGAGUCGGAACCCGAACCCGAACCCGUAACCUUUUUGAAUGGAGGUGAUACGAUUGCGGUGACGGAGGAUGCUGUAGACUCACCAGCUGAGGUUCAGGAUGAGGUUCCUAUAACUAUGGAACCACCGAGCAACAACGAAGAACCUCCGUACAUUACUAUACAGGAAGAGAUUCCCGUUGUGGACGUACCCAUCGAACCACAGGAAGAGGAAAUGGAACAGGCACCUCCAGUGAAGUAUUAUGUGCUUGAGAUUGACCGUAUCUUUGAGGAGCAAACUGUGCUGCCUCCACGAGUGACAGCUGUGGCGUCAGAGAAUUUAUGCACGUUUACCUUUUCUGGACAACCGGGUGAACAACCACCACAGCUGGGUUUGCCCACCACGCAGUCCCAGCAUUUCUACCGGGCGGAACCGUCGGCUGCAGCUCGUAUUUUCCCGAAUCCGGUCGCAGUGUCGGAUAUCACUCGAAAUACGCACUGGAAUCCGCAGCCUAACCAUGGUGUCGACUUGUCGUCAAUGGGUUGGCGGCCACUGGAGAGCAGUACAAGACCUUUUCACCAAGGAAUGCAAUACAAUUCUUAUGGCCCUCCCUCGCAACUCCCGCAGCGGAACUUCGGCCCCACAAUGAACAGAGUGCGUCAACCCGAUUUGGGAGAACACCCUCUUCGUUCCCUUCGCGAUUCUACAACCAUCAACCGUCAGCUUGGCAACGGUGAGGGUGUAUGGUAA